AUGAAGAGCUUUAUUAUGGUUCCAGAGACUUCUUAGUUAUGUGACCAAGUAACAUGUCGAAUGAAGAUAACAUGGAGUUGGGAAAGAGCUUUGGUUGGAGUUGGAGAACCAGGGUCCAAAUCCCAGCUCUAUGUUCCACCACACUACUUUGAGCAAGUUUUCCCUUUUAUAGACCUCGGUUUCUGCAAGUGCUAGUGCUAAGUGACCUUUAAUAUUGCUUCCGGUUCCAAAUGGAUAAUCCUCUCCCCACCUUCUCCCGUCUCAGUUAGAAUCCCUUUCUGUCCUGAACUGAGAAUGGGCAAGAGCACUUCUCAUCCACCAUCCUAGAUGAUUGUGCUCUAUUCAUUUAAAGAACCUGGCAUACCCUCAAAGCCCCUCAAUCGAAACCCUCCAUCCCCACUGCCCAACUCGCACUUUGACUUCUUCAUUUCUCCAAGUCCUUCUUUCUUGAUCUUUCCUUUCAGACAAUCAGAUUUUUCCUCAAUUUCGGCUCCUCCUUCCUCCAUUCCGCCUCCUCCCACUUUCCAGUCCCAUCCUUCUUAGUCUCCUCUCCGUUUCCCCUCCACGCCCAGCUCUAGGUGAGACUCUUAAGGUACUUCGGCAGUUCAAAGGCCCCGCCUCUUUCUUUCUCGGCCCCGGAGCUGGACCAGCUCUGGCUACUUGAAGUGCUCAUUUUAAGGAUUGCAGUGACUGAUUCUGUGGCCUUGAGACAUCCCACCUGCUUCUUCUCUAGGAUGAAGGUCUUCAUGCUAGUGCUGCUGUCUAUGCUGAUGGUUGGGGAACGAGCUCAUGCUCUUGUGUGUUUUACAUGUAUCAAGAAAAAAAGUUUCCUUGGUUGUAUGAAGUUCACCUUUUGUUCAGUAGAUGACAAAUACUGCAUUUCACAAACAAGCUCAUUAAACAGUGAUCACAAACAAAGGCGCCUCAGCAAAUAUUGUUCUCCCGUCUGUCCGAACGAUAGUCACAUCCCUGGGGUGACAGUUGUGAACAUUCGAUGCUGCAAUAAGUCCCUGUGUAAUGUGUCCUCGAAUGAUGGUGGACACCAGGCCAGCUCCUUGAUGCUGGGCCUGUCUGUGCUGUGCACUUUGCUUUCUACUCCAGGGAAGCCAGGUGCUUGAUGCUGCUCCCCUCAGCCUUCUUCAUUUUUGUCCUGCCUGUUCCAAAGUCCUCGGGCAAAGCUUCCUGAUUAUGAAUAGGAAGUUCCUUCAUCCUUCUCCUCAGCUCUUCCUCACCUUUCUAAUAACUGUAGGAGAUAAUGGCCUUCAGGCGCUGAAUGUUUCUUUCUUCUCUCUCUCUUUUGUCUCUUGUCCUACCUCAUGUUGGGUGUUGAUCACUUGACCCAGCCUUAGAUGCUUGAUUCCCUCAUGGGGAUGGAGGAUGGAGGGAGAUAAGUUCUAACUAUGGGAUCUCAGACAAAUAAACGUAACCUCUCAAGGACACCUUUCCUCACCUGUAAUAUAAAGGCCUUGGACUAGAUAAUCUAAAAAGUCCUCUCCCCUUCUAAAGUCUAUGAUCUUCUGAGAGAGCCUUGAAUCCUCAGGCUAUGUGGGUUUAGGAAUCAGGCAUGAGGGCCCAGGGAGAACACUAGGAUAUUAGGACAAAGAAAGUUAGAAUGGGAACAUCCUACAAGUAUGUGAGUAGGGGAGUGACUUUUAUGUGCAUGUGUUUUCAGUAUACGUGUGUUACUGCACUUGCAUAUUAUUAAUGAAUGGUUUGUAGAUGUGUGGUUAUGGAUGCUCUUGUCAUAAUACGCCCAUGGGUGGACAAUUUUGUCUGCAUUUAUGAAUCUGUAUGAUUGUAUCUGUGGGGCCAUGUGGACUUCUGUUGAUUAUUUUUUAUGUGUUUUUUUCCUUUGUGUGUGUAUGUGUGUGUGUUUCCCCUCAGUAUGAAUGUGACCAUGUGCACAUGUAUGUAUGGAAGUGGAUCAUCAUCUGAUCAAGAUCUCUUCCAUUAGUCAUCCCCAACAGUGGGCCUACAGUGUGAAGGUUUCCUUCUGGUCUUGAUGUUGAGGGGGAAUUCGUGGGUCCUAGGGAGUCUCCAGGAUAGAAGAGAGAGGGAAACACACUGGGACCCAUUAUUUUCCUUUUUCUGGAUGUAGUUUUCUACAUUCAUGACUUUUCCUUCCUUUUCAUCUAAGGUGAAAUAUGCAAUUCAGCCUCCACCCAAUCUGGUGCCUCAAAUAAAGACAAAUGCUUUUGCUUUUCUGCC